AUGGCAGACCAAAUCCCCAAGCAGAUGCGCGCGGCAGCCAUCAAAGACUUCAACAAGGGCUACGAAAUCAAGGACGUCAACGUUCCCACCGACCUCGGACCCAACGAUGUCCUUGUCAAGAUCGCUGCUGCAGGAUACUGUCACACCGAUCUGCAAGUACAAGAAGGUGUCUACGAGUCCGCCGGCGCCAAGCCUGGUCUUAUCGGCUCCCACGAGCCUGCCGGUACUAUUGUGAAGCUCAGCCCCGAGGCUGAGAAGCAGGGCUGGAAGGUCGGCGACCAUGUGGGAUCCAUCAACACCUACGGCUGCUGCGGCAAGUGUAACUCUUGCAACAAAGGCAAGCAGCUGUGCGACAACCUCACUGGCAUGUUGGGUCUCACUGUCGACGGCGGCUUUGGGCAGUACAUGAAGGCCGAUUCUCGAGUUAUUUGCAAGAUCCCCGAUGAGAUUCCUUGGGCUGAGGCAGCACCCCUGUUCUGUGCUGGCGCUACCGUCUACGGAGCUCUGAAGGCUGCGGACCCGCAACCCGGCCAGUGGCUGGCGAUGGUUGGCAUUGGUGGCCUGGGACACUUGGGUGUUCAGUACGCCAAGGCCAUGGGUUGCAAGGUCAUCGCCAUCGACAACCGCCAGGAGGCCCUCGACCUGGCAAAUGAUGUUCCCUCCCACCUCAAGCCCGACCGCACAUACCUCAUCGACAACGAGGAAAACCAGAAGAAGGCGAUUGAGGAACUGCAGAGUGCCUUCUACGACACCAACCCUGGCGUCGACCGCAUCGUCAUUAACACCGAGGCCAGACCUCUGGUGAAGAUCUGCCAGCAGUUCCUCAGAAAGGGAGGUGUGCUGGUGGACGUCGGUCUGCCUGCUGAUGGUCCCUUUGAGGUCGACUCGUUUGCAUUGAACUUUAAGGAGCAGACUGUUCGAGGUGCAUUGAUCUGCACCCCUGAGCGCAGCAAGGAGAUGAUUGACUUGCAUGCGAAGAACGGCUGCAAGACUUACGUCGAGAAGACGUUUAGCGUUGACCAGGCGAAUGAGAUGGCGGAACACUACAUGUCGAAGCAGUUGAAGGGACGCUUGUGCAUGGUUUUUUAA